ACGGCAGGCUACGGCACUAGUGCACUACUGGAGGACUGAGCGUUUCACAUCGCAGCUGGGACAAACCACAAAACCCUUCAAAGAAAAUCUUAAACCUCAAGCGCUAAACCUCCGGUAAUGCUGUAACUCUCUCUACAAAUGGCUAUUCCCAGCAAUUGUGUACAGCACAUUGAAUCAUUCGUCAGCUCUUCGAGCUCUCCUGCCCAACAGGCUGCAAGUGUAGAAAAUAUAGCUUCGCUUGUGAAAAAUGACCAGUUAACAUUAGACGGACUGGUUAGGGAGAUGGAUAUGUAUUUGACGACUACAGAUACCAUCAUUCGCUCAAGAGGGAUCCUUCUUCUCGGGCAUGUAUUGGAGCAAUUAUCACUGAAACCUUUAAAAGGUGCCGCUAUACAGAGUUUGACAGGAUUCUUCAUAGAGAGAUUGGUUGAUUGGAAAGCUUUGCAUGGCGCUCUAGUCGGUUGCUUGGCACUAUUGAGAAGGAAACACAUUGUUGGCAAGGUCACAGACAGCCAAGCAACGGCUGUUGCACAAUCUUUUUUGGAGACCAUGCAAGUGCAAUCUUUGGGACGACAUGAAAGAAAGCUUUGCUUUCAAAUUUUGGAAUGCUUAUUAAACAGCUAUCCAGAUGCAGUCGAACCAAUGGGUGAUGUCCUUGUUUAUGGAAUCUGUGAAUCGAUCGAUGGUGAAAAAGAUCCUGAAUGCUUGAUGCUCAUAUUUAGGAUUGUUGAAGCUCUAGCGCGGGUGUUUCCUCAUUCUUGUGGUUCACUAGCAAGUUAUGCCGAGGAUCUUUUUGAGAUUCUUGGGUGUUACUUCCCUAUCCAUUAUACACAUUCAAAAAGCCAGGAUGUUGAUAUAAAGAGGGAGGAGCUCUCACAGGCACUGAUGCUGGCAUUUGCGUCUACACCUUGUUUUGAACCAUAUGUAAUUCCAUUACUUCUUGAGAAACUAUCUUCUGAUUUGCCGUCAACGAAGGUUGAAUCUCUCAAGUUCCUUAGCUACUGCACGUUGAAAUAUGGGGCGGAUAGAAUGCACAAGCAUUAUGAAGCUCUUUGGUCGGCACUGAAAGAUACAAUAUUUAUCAAACCACAAUCUGCAGUGUUAAUAGAAUCUGGAUUAGUUGACGGUAUAUAUUUUCAAGAGAGUGAAAUAAUGAUUCAAGCUGUAGAGCUGCUUCAGACGAUUGUUCAGCAAAGUAAUGGUUCUUUCAUAAGUACUGUUCUGGAUGAUGAAGACAUAAAGACAUUUAUAAACUCAUUGAAUGAGUUAAAAGAUCUUGGUAAUGCUUCUGUACAAAACAAACAGAGAUUGCAUGCAGUUGCUUGUAUUCUCUCAACUCCUGCCAGAUCUUGUGUAGCUUCUUGUGAUGCAGUUUUCAAAAGCGUAUUCACUCUCUUAAUGGAUGCAUUAAAAAUUUCUGAUGAUAAUGUCUCUAAAGAUAGCAUUCUUACUUGUACAUCAUUCAAUUUUGGAGCCUUGUAUCUCUCUGUUGAACUACUGUCAGCAUGCAGACAUUUGGUGUUGUUGAGCUAUGAUGGUAUAACGCCUUCUCCUGAUUUUCCCAGUAUGGCUUGGCCUGGCAUACUACGUGGCUUCUCUACUUCAUUAAGCGUUUUCUUAAUUUCUCUUCUACACGCACCUGGUGCUGAAAGCUUCCCCAAUGUGUAUAUUUACUAUGCAGUUAAUGGUUUGAAGACUCUUGCUAUGUUUCCGGGAAGCUUCAGUUCAGUGCCAAUGCCUAUUUUUGAGAAUGUUUUGUUAACUUUGAUAUCAGUAAUUACUACUGAUUUUGACAAAACAUUUUUAUUGAAAACUGCAUUGAAAGCUUUAGUAGAUAUUGGUUUGUAUAUUGAUAAGUUCUGUGAAGUUGAGAAAGUUUCGAGCUUUGAAAGUAUUGUCAUGGAAAAACUUGCUUUCCUGAUAUCUUCGGAUGACCUUACGGUGCCUCUGUCUUUCAAACUCCAAGCAAGUUUUGAUAUUGGAGUUACUGGGCUGAAGUAUAUGAAGAAAGUAGUUCAUGAAUUGGACAAGACACUAUCUGACAAAUUGUCUCAUGUAUUUGUCAGUGAGAAUGUGAAGUCGAUCCGGAUGACAAUCUCACUAUUGGACAGCUAUGCUGGGAAGGUCCUUCCAUGGUUUCAUAACAAUGGAGGUUCUGAUGAAGUUCCUUUGAAUCUUGCAUUUGUUAUAUUGGAAAAUAUUGAAAAAAGUUCGCGUUCCAGCACUGGUUUUCAGGAAACUGAACUUCUUGACGCAAUAACGAGAGCGCUGAAACAUGCCGUAGCCAACUGUUCAGAGGGAAACCAGGAGAAAAUUAUUAAAAGAGCUUUUGGCUUGAUUUCUUCAGACUCAUUUGAGGAUUCAAAACCUUCUAUUACAUUAUUCAACUCCAGUGACGGACAACUUACUAGCUUCUUGGAUGAAAUUUCAUGCAGAGAUGAAUGCAUUGCGUCACUUAUUGCCUCAGUCAUAAUAGCUUUAGGCCCUCAAAGUCACGUACCAAAUCUUAAACUGCUAUUGGAGUUCUUUUUAAUGAACCUCCUCAGAGGUCACAUUCCAUCAGCUCAGGCAUUGGGGUCUUUGGUUAACAAACUGCCUUUAGAAAACGAUGAAAAAAACAUUAACCUGGAAGAAGCAAUAGAUGCAUUAUUUAACGAAGAAAUCUGGGAUUUCUACAAUUUUUACGAUGGAAAUAAGUGCUCUCUUAUGGACAAUGGUGGUUAUAUAAAUUUCUGUAGGCUAAGGUUAAAUGACCGUUAUGUGUGUUAUACUGCUCAUGCUAUUGUUGGAUUAGCCUGGAUAGGGAAAGGUUUACUUAUGCGUGGUCAUCAAAAGAUAAAAGGCAUUACUAGCUCCUUCUUAAAUUGCAUACUAUUAAAUGGAAAUGGUGGGACCCUUCACGACUCAGACGCUCUGGUGGAAGACAAUGAAGGGCUAGAAAGGCUGUUUUUGAGGAAAUCUGCCGCCGAUGCAUUUCAUGUUCUUAUGAGUGAUUCGGAAGCUUGUUUAAAUAGAAAUUAUCAUGCUACUAUUCGUCCACUUCAUAAGCAACGGUUUUACAAUACGAUGUUGCCUAUAUUAUUAUCAUCAAUUUUGGAGUGUGAUUCACCAACUACACGAUCCUUACUGUACAGAGCUUUCUCACAUUUGAUCACUGGUGCUCCUCUCACCGCUGUUGUUAAUGAUUCCCGUAAGGUUGUCCCUGUGCUACUAGAUUGCCUAUUAAUGUUGCAAGAUGAUGAACAUGAUAAAGAUAUCAUCUUCAGUGUCUUAUUAGUCCUAUCUGGAGUAUUGAUGGAUAAAGUUGGACAAGAGGCUGUCAAUGAAAACGCUCAUCUUGUUGUCCAUCAACUUGCUAAACUCGUUUCAUAUCCUCAUAUGAUGGUAGUCCGUGAAACAGCAAUUCAGUGUCUGAUGGCCUUGUCAGGUCUACCCCAAUCGAGAAUAUAUCCCUUCAGAAAAGAGGUUUUGCAAGCUUUGUCAAAAGCAGUUGAUGAUCCAAAGAGAGCUGUUCGGCAAGAAGCAGUCAGAUGUCGGCAUACUUGGUCAGCAGUCAUCGGUCGAUAGCUGCAUUGGAAACCUAUACUAGAGCUUAAAGCUUAUAUUAUACAUAUUAAUACCAUUAAUCCAUUAUGUUCAUAGAUCUGCGUAUCGUGACCUCAUUUGCUCUUAGAUGUGCGUAUUCACUUCUCUCUACAAGACUACAACCAAGUACGGAGUUAAAUAUUUUAUAAAUGUUUGAGUUUAUUGUUUCCAAUAGAUAGUUUGUAGUAUUGUAACUAGUAUCGUGACCUCAUUUGCUCUAAUCUAUUUAUAGUUUAUGAUGCACACAGAUUCCUGCAUUCCUCG